CGGACUCUUAGUACCGUUGGAGCGAGCUUUCCCUAAAUAUUCGGAACCUUUAUCCAUCAUUCCCGGCAUGUCGCCUGUCGAAUGCCGCGGUGUCGGCUGGGAAACGUCAGCAGCUUCAGUCCGGACGACUACGUUGUGUUUUCCCGGUCAGUGUAUUUUUGUGCGGCGCUGGACGUUAUAGUAUUCAAAUGUUGUUAAUUAUAGAAAAAAAAGUUAUUAGAGAUAGAAAAAGUACACACUCUCAAAUACACACACGCAUACUGUACAAUCAGGCCGAGAACGACGAGGACCUAACCAACGCGGAGUUUCUCCCCCUGCAGCGAUGCCACGGAGCUUGAAAGUAGAUCCCUCCGCCAGCACGAAGCACACAAAAGUUACCUUCCAUUCAAACGUAAUUCAUUUUUUUUAUUUUACUUCUCACCCCUCUUUAUGCAUUUAUAAAUAUAUUUAAUGUUCUUUGAUACAAAGGUGGGUUUUGUGGUCUGAUAGUGUUGGAACAAAUGACGCUAAAAGCCUGUAGGGGCGCUAAAGCAACAGCAGUGCAUAGUUAGUUGCAAAACAACGAAAAAGAAACACCAAGAUGGCGGCUCUGUGGAAGGUGGCGCCAAGCGUCCGGAGUGUUCGAUUCGGCCCUUCCAGCCUGCUUAGGAGGUAUUUCUGCUCCGGCACUUCCGACAGCCAACAGGCCGACGAGGACAAGCCCAAGUCGGGCUUCGCGGCCGCCUUCAGCUCACAGUCGGAGCUCCUACGAGGGACCGAGACCGGAAGUUCGGCUGCGGACCACGAAGACAGCUUCGCAGCGCUGCUCCGUCGGAGCCCUCUGAUCCAGAUGGGUCCAGCCAAAGACAAGCUGGUGGUCGGGAGGAUCUUCCACGUCGUUCAGGACGACCUCUAUAUCGACUUUGGAGCCAAGUUCCACUGCGUUUGUCGGCGACCCGCGGACGGAGAGAGGCUACAACGGGGAAGCAGAGUCCGCCUCAGGCUGCAAGACCUGGAGCUCACCACCCGCUUCCUGGGGGGAACCACCGACACCACCCUACUGGAGGCACAGGCCGUCCUGCUCGGUCCAGUGGAGGGACGGGAAACGCAGGAAAAAUGAACCCUUUUAACGGAGUCUAACUGUGACGUUAUGUUGAAGUCAAGGGCGUGUCCGAUCUCAUGGGAUGUCGGGACGUUGGCAACAAGACUUUCCUUAAUUGUUGUUUUGUCGGAUAUUAGCUAACCAAGUGAGUUUGAUUACAGCUGUUGUUUGCUGGGAUUGACUAUGUAAGCUAUUUAUGUGACGCCCUUACUUUGGUACCCCCCACAGGAUGUGCUGUUAUUUUUUGUCGCUCGUUUCUUCACUCAUUUCUAACACGCCACCUAAACACAGACACUUCCGGCCUUCAAAAUAACAGCACAUCCUGUGCUGGGUACCAAAGUAAGGGCGUCACAUAAAUAGCUUACAACUACAUCGGAUCAUUGCCAGCUGAAAUGGAAAUAAACAUUAUUUCACAUUUGACUAAAUAAGUCAUCUUAAAAAAAACAUUCACUGAUAUUAUCGAGGUACCAGACACUAGAUUUUGCUGGAGGAAUAAGCACUCCGAGGCAUCAAUCAAAUGGAAGAAACGUGUUAAAAAGGUCGCCAUAAAACACUGCCAUCUAUUGGUCACAAUAAAUACAGCAUUUGAAAACGACAUUUCAAAAAAUGAAGU